AUGAAAAAGUACGAAGAAGAAGUUGAUGAAACAAAUAAGCUAGAGCAAGAACUACGGGAAAGACUUGAAGGGUCAGUUCAAGUGGAUUCUUGGUGAGUGUCGGCAAUUUUGUCGUAUGAUCGUGUGAAGAUCGAAGUAAAAGCUUAUGUAAAUAAUCGAGUACUUGCUUGUUUGGCGGCGUGACUGCUGUAAUGUAUGAUGAGAGUUGUUAGCUUUCGCUACAAAAAGUGGUAUUUUGUAUGAUUCUAGCUACCUUGAUUGUUAUAGGUGUUCCUGUGGAAACUGCAGCCGUGUUGUCCUUCAGAAUUUGAGCGAGUGCUACUGCUGCCAUGAGCUAGAUGGUUGCAAAGAAGCCAUGUGUAGUGAAAGUGUUCUUGAAGAUAUUCAACCCGAAACGGCCUUAAGGUGUAUCACACAACAUCCUGGUUUUGGUCCUGUCUGCCUUCAAAAGUGGAGCUUACGUAUGGCUGGCGAACGUGUCAAGACCAAAGCCAAACAGAGAUAUAGACAAACUGGAUCCGAAGAAAGGUGAGAUAGUUUUUGUCAUUUUUGUGCCGCAUUGGAGUCAAAUACGAUCGAUAUGGCACACACUCGAUUUGAAAACAUAAAAUUCUUUAAUACAUCAUCCAGCCAAAAUUAAAUACUGUUCUUAUUUUUUUAUUUAUUUUUUUUUUUACAGUUACUUCCGUAGCAUUGCCUACAGGGAGUUUUCCAGGCUUGUCUAUGGUUUCCUGGGAAACAAGCGAAUUCCUCUUCCUGCGUGUGCUUACACGGCGAUAAUUCACGGCGAUAAGAAAACAAUUUCCUGUCGGCACAGAUGA